AUGGAAUGGCUUUUAAAUGCUAAAGAUAGGAAAAGUGAUGACAUCCCUAGUAUAAGCGAAAAUGGAGGUGUUAGGGAUAUUAAUGAAGCAAAAUGUUUACUUCCAUUAAAUGGGCAAAUUAAAUUUGUGGCAGAAACUGAGUCAUCCGACUUUCUUUGUCCUUACAACACUUUAUGUGAGCCUAAUUGUCCUUGCUGUCAAUUAUCUAGUUGUGAUUGCAAAUCUAUAUGUCCAAAAGCCUGUGAUUGCUUUCGAGAUCAAACUUUUACCAAAAAUGUUGUUAAAUGUAGUGGAACAGAAAAAGAGGAAUUUGACUUACAGUAA